AUGGAAGCUGAAGAUGAUCAAGAAAAUAAUGGAUCUGGUGAAAAAGGUUUAUCUUCAAGUAACUUUAAGGUGAAGAUAAAUCUUAAGCUCAAGAAAAACAAAGAUGAAAGUUGCGGAGAUGAGGAUGUUCGUGAAGAGAAAAACUUGUUGUUGAUGAAGCAAAAGAAAGAUCAUAUAUGUUGUGAGUGUGGAAAAGAGUUUAGCUCAGGAAAAGCUUUAGGUGGACACAUGAGUAGUGCACAUGUUCAAGCAAAUCAAAGAUUAGAAGAAUCUUGGAAGAAAAAAAAAUAUUCGAUAAAAAGAUCAAGAUUUGAUGAUUAUGAUGAUGAUGAAGAAGUUGUUCUCGAAGAAGAAGAAGAGGAGAUAGGAGAUGUGGUAGUAAGUUGUGAAAUUUGUCAUAAGAAUUUUCCAUCUAAGAAAUCUUUAUUUGGACAUAUGAGAUGUCAUCCUGAUAGAGAAUGGAGAGGUAUGAAACCCCCAAGUAAAAAAAUAUCGAAAAAUAAGGGUUUUCGAGCUACUUUUGAGGAUGUGAAUGAGGGUUUUGAGGAUCGUUUUGCUAGUCUUCGAGAUGAAGAAGAAGAAGAAGGAGGAGGAAUUCAUUUUAAUGUGGUUGAACUACCUCCUUUGAAGGAUUGGGGUGCGAAGGAUAGACGAGGGAGAUCCCCUCUCAAGAGGAGUGUAAGUAGUACUAUAAUGGAUGAUGAUAAGGAGCUACAUGACGCGGUUCAACAGCUUAUAAGUUUAGUCAAUGGAGACGUGAACAAUAACAACAACAAUAAUAAUAAUAGGUCAGAGGUCAUGAUGAGUAGUAGCAAUUCAGUUGGUAGUGCUCCUAAAGAAGCUGAUUUUUGCGAUUUGAAGGAUAAAUCUAAGAAAAAGGGGGUUGUUGAUGAUACUAAAGAAAAGAAUCGCGAAGAAACCAAGAAGAGGAAGAGGGAGAAGGAGCUAGUCAAAUUGGAAUCGGGUCAGGACUUGGUCCACAUCCCAGUUCUCAAGAAAUCAGUGGAGGUCAAAUACAAAUGUAAUGAGUGUGGAAGGAUGUUCGCGACUCAUCAAGCACUAGGUGGUCACAGAUCGAGUCAUAACAAGUUCAAGAUCAGUAUUGAGAACACGAUCGAUGGAAUUAAGGGUAAUAAUACUCAAGAUCAUGGUCAAUUGGGAAAUCAAGAAAUCAAUAAUUAUGGCAACAUUAUUAUUAAUGAUAAUAAUAAUAAUGUUCAUAAGUGCAAAUUUUGUGACAAGAUUUUUCCUACUGGACAAGCACUUGGAGGUCAUCAAAGGAGCCAUUUGACAAAUAAUCAAGAAGAAUCAUCAAGUCAAAAUGCAAGUAAAGUUCUUGAUUUUGAUCUUAAUGAAUUGCCUCAUUUAGAUGAUGAUACAUUAUUGUAA